AUGGCCUCAGCCGGCUCCUCCCUGUCCAACAGUGAGUUUACCUGCUCCAUCUGUCUGGACUUCUUCAGAGAACCUGUCUCCACUCCCUGUGGACACAACUUCUGCCAGUCCUGCAUCACAAACUGCUGGGAUAGCAGGGACAUCAGCCAGUGUCCGCUGUGCAUGACCGAAUUCCACAGGAGACCCGAGCUUCAAGUCAACACAGGAUUCCGAGAGGUGGUGGAGCAUUUCAAGAGGAUGAGAGCCCAGGGAAGUGAUGACAGUUUGGCCAAAGCAGAUGAGGUGGCCUGUGAUGUCUGUGAGGAGACGAAGUGCAAGGCCGUGAAGUCCUGCCUCGUCUGUCUGGUUUCUCUCUGCCAAAUUCAUCUGGAGCCACAUCAGAGAGUGUCGGCAUUAAAAAGGCACAAACUGAUCAGUCCGGUGGGAAACCUGGAGGAUUGGAUGUGCAAGGAACAUGACAAAGUGGUGGAGUUUUUCUGCAGGAGAGACCAAAAGUUCGUUUGCACCUCAUGCAUGAAAGAUGUCCAUGCAACACAUGAAACUGUCGCUCUGGAGGAGGAAUGUGCAUUGAGGAAGGAUCGGUUGCACAUGAUGGACACCGAAAUGAAACGGAAGUUGAACGUGAAAUGCUUAAAGGUUCAGCAGGUCAAAAACUCCAAAGUGCAAGGUCAGGGAGACACAGAGAAAGCGAAAGUGGACAUCACUAAGGCCUUCUCUGCUUUGGUGGCCUCCGUCGAGAGCUACAAGACCAUGCUGGUCGAACUGCUGGAGGAGAAGCAGAGAGCGGCAGAGCAGCAGGCUGACGACGUCAUCAAACAUCUCAACUUGCAGAUCGCCGAGCUCCAGAAGAGGAGCGCCGAGCUGGAGGAAGUUUCAAAAACUGAGGAUCCCCUCCAGCUCCUCCAGAGCCCUCCACCUGUCUUCCCUCUGUUACACACCGAAGGCUGGCCCCCCCUCAGGCACCACAGCCUCCAGCAUGUGGAGACAGUGAGGAGCACUGUGGCAAAGCUGGAGGAGGCGUUCAGGCUGGAGAUGGACAGGGUCAUCUGUGACAUCAGCCAGGCUGAUGAUGGGAAGGAAACAGCCAAGAACGCUGAUAGCAGUGAGAUGGAGGGUCUGUUUGAUGACGAGCUGGAGAAGAUUCAACAUCAAUACGCUGUCGAUGUAACUCUGGACCCCGAUACGGCACACCCCUGCCUUAUCUUGUCACAGGACGGGAAACAAGUGAGGGAUGGUGGCGCAAAGAGGAAUCUCCCCGACAACCUGAAGAGGUUUGACUUUUUCCACUUCGUCCUCGGAAAGGAGGGGCUUUCCUCCGGCAGGUUCUACUAUGAAGUUAAGGUUACGGGGCAAGUGGGCUGGGAAAUCGGCCUGGUGAGAGAAUCCAUCUGCAGGAAAGGCGACAAUGUCUCACUCAGACCCGAAAAUGGCUGCUGGACAAUUGGACUGUACUGGGGAUGCUACCAGGCAAACACAAACCCGCCCAUCGCCCUCACCCUGGAGCACGAGCCGCAGAUGGUUGGUGUGUUUGUGGAUUAUGAAGAAAGGAAGGUUUCAUUUUAUGACGUGGAGACCAGAGCGGUGAUCUACUCCUUCACCCACUGUGUCUUCUCUUUGAAUGCACCGUAUCUGAGAAGUUUUUUGUGGCCGUACUCCAGCACAACCACAAAGUGUAUCAUAUACCCGUUUUUCCGACCCGGAAGCGAGGGGAGUUACGCUUCUCUGCAGAUCACUCCUGUCAGCCGCACAGCACCGGCACAGUGACCCUGAUGCUCAGUUUACGCCAAACUCCACAGGUCAAUGGUUUUUUGUUUUUUGAAAAUGCAACUUUUUCUUGAUGGCACCGCGUUGUUGGCAGCGGGACGUUGACCUCA